UGAUAACGACACCAUUCUGGCGAUGGUCUUCCAUGGUUGAAUUGGUUUCUCGCAGUCGUCCUUACAAAUCGGCUCUGUAUAAAGUACUCGUAUAGUGUUUUCGUAUUAUUCAGUCAAUAAAAUAUAAAAGAUUGAACCGUUUUUUAUUCAAACUGUUUUUUUUUUGCUGGAAAUAAAAAAAAGGAUCAAAAGUCCAAGAGAAUAUUUAUGUCACUGUGAAUUUUUGUUUGUGAGUGUUUUUUUUUCUUCACUUUGAGUUAAGUGAAGAAUUCCUGCCAAGAAUUCAAUUUUUGAUGUCCUCUUUCUAUUUUUGUGUCUUGGAUUAGACUAUUCUCCGAUUGUGUAGGGGUUUUAGUAUCGGCGACGGUGACAGACGUAUCCGCAACGACCGGAAUUAGCAAUAAUUACGUAUCCUGUGAGUUAUCUCGGUUUCGUGUGAGAUUCACUUUUGGUGUAAAUUUUUCGACAAAAGGAUCAAAAAGUGUCAACAACCAACCAACGAACAAAAAAAAAAGGGCAAACAUCAUGAAGGCUGUGCUGUUUCUUUCGCUAUCAAUUUUAAUCCUUGGUGUUAAGGCAUGGUCACCAAUGAAAAGUCCAUUUGAUGUUUUUCCUGAAGGAUACAAAGUCCAUACGAUUUCAGAUUGCAUGCACGUUGCAUCGGAACCUGGCGACUAUGUAUUCAAGAAGAUCCCUCAUUUGAUUCCUCACAAAGAACCCGACAUAUUAGAUGUUGGUGAUUCUAUGUCAGUUUGUGGCUUAUAUGUGAUUGGAGAGCCUGAUACUAUAAUUGAAAUAACAAUGAAAUACUAUGACGUUAACUGUGAAACAGGAGGAUUAAUGGCGUUUGUGGACGGUUGGGAGCUAAAUGGAGAAUACUUCCCAGGAAUUCAAGACCACCAUAAGUCACGGAAUGAUCGUAUAGUUGAAUUUUGCAAUAAUUACAAUCAAUGGCCUCCAAUAAGCAAUAAGAAAUUUUUCCGGUCAAGUCAAAAUGCUGCUCUGUUGCAGUACAGAAUUCCUACCCGUGGGUCAUUUAUAGCUAAUGUCCGUUUUCAUAAAAUUACUCAACCUUGCAAUAUUCUUGUCCAUGAUACUGCUGCCAUCUAUCAACUAAGUAACUUUGGCCAUCAAAGAAACUGUACACUUUCAGCCCUUUUUCCAGCUGUGGUAGCUCUAGGCAACUUGAAAAUUGGUGGCAAAAGUACUCUGAAGGAGAAAGUUAACUAUGAGUGCGCCAUGGAUGACAGACUUCAAAUUGGUGGAACCUCAGGUCUAGAUUCAAGUGGACUAGAAUUAUCAAGUGAAGUUUGUGGCUAUUCAGAUGAACGUGGUCCUGAACAGGCAAUUUUCUGUGGCAUAACCACAGUUCGUCUUUUGUCAACUGGAAAAUAUCAAAAUCUAGCAGUGGUUGCGCUACGAAAAGCUGACGAAAAUGAUUUGGAAAUAGCCACUUUAGUUUGCCCAUUAUAAUUUAAUUAAAUUUAUAAACUUUUAAACAUCCAUCGACAAAACUUAUACGAUUUUAUUUAUUUUAAAUAUUCUUAUACCAUAAAUUAUUAUUUCACUAUAAGAUCUAUUAAUGUACUUAUACUUAUAACUUUAUUGCCAUUUAUUACCAAAAUUCUAAAAAAAAAAAAAAUGAAAACAAGAAAUAUCCAAAAAAUGAACCCCAAAAAGUAGUGAUAAAAUCAAAACAAACAUUAUUUACAUCCAAGAAAAUGUCUCAUAGUUUAGAAAAAAAAAAAAAUAAAACAAACAUACUCUCCAAUGUGUAAAUACCAAUUCAUAAAUAAUUGAAAUAAAAAAUUUGAAAGCAAAAAAAUCAUUAUUUGAUGUUAAAAUACUUUUUCGAGUAUAAUAAAUGUUAAAAUAAUCAAAAUAAUUUAUUGAAUAAAAUAACAAAAUUAGACAUCUAAA